AUGCUUCCCAAUAUCCCACUUUUUCAAAACGCCAUUUCUUACGCAAAGGAAGGCCUUGGCGCUGCUAUUGCUGAUAUGAUUACUGGCAAGGACUACUCGUAUUCAGAGCUGGUAUCUGCUGUUGACACCUUGCAACAAAAGAUCCUCGGGUCGGAAAGUGAUCUCAAGGAACAACGUGUUGCUAUUCUCUGUCCAAGUGGAUUUUCGUAUGUUGUAGCGCAGUGGGCUGUGUGGGCUGCAGGUGGCAUCGCCGUUCCAUUAUGCAACACACAUCCCCUUCCCGAGCAAUUAUAUACACUUGAAGACUCCCAAGCAUCUCUCAUCAUUGGUCAUCCAUUGUAUGCUGAUCGAAUCCAAUCCUUGGUCCACGAGAGCAAGUUGCCAACUCAAAUGAUCACUGAAGAGGACCUUUCCAAGUGGGCUCUCCAGGGUGUCAUUCCAGAUACAUUUGAGAUGGAUAUGAAUAGAAAGGCCAUGAUUUUAUAUACAAGUGGUACAACAGGUAAACCCAAGGGUGUCGUGACAACCCAUCGCAACAUUGACGCUCAAGCUUCUGCCCUGGUGGAGGCCUGGUUGUGGACUCGCAAUGACCGCAUUCACCACAUUUUGCCGUUACAUCAUGUCCAUGGCAUCAUCAACGCAUUGACCUGCGCUUUGUACGUGGGUGCUACCGUGGAAAUGUAUCCUAAGUUUGACGCAAAACAAGUGUGGGAUCGAUGGUUGGCUAGCAGCCCUGACAAUGCAUCUCGUUCCAAGCAACCUUUUACUACGUUCAUGUCGGUGCCUACUGUGUAUGCCAAGUUGAUCAAGCAAUAUGAGUCGUAUGGUGAAACAGAACGCACAGCUUAUUCGAAUGCAUGCAAGCAAUUCCGUUUCAUGGUAUCUGGAUCAGCAUCAUUACCCACACCUUUGCGUGAUGCUUGGUGCCGUAUAUCCAAUGGACAAGUGUUGCUGGAACGAUACGGAAUGACAGAACUCGGUAUGGCGUUGAGUCAACCUUAUCCUGUAUCCCAACGCAUUGAAGGCACUGUUGGUUUCCCUCUCAGUAAUGUACAAGUGCGCUUGAUGGCCGAGGAAGAGGAAGGCUCUGGUGUCUUUAGCAAGGAUAUUACGGAUCAACGUGAUGUAUCUGGUAUGGUGCAAGUCAAAGGUCCCAAUGUCUUUCUUGAAUAUUGGCAACGCCCUGAUGCAACCAAAAAGGAAUUUACUGAAGACGGAUGGUUCCAAACGGGUGAUUAUGGUAUGCGUGUGGAUAGUGAGGGAUAUUAUCGCAUCCUUGGUAGAGCAAGUGUGGAUAUUCUCAAGACGGGAGGUGAAAAGGUAUCAGCACUGGAAAUUGAGCGUGAGCUCUUGUCAUGUGACCUUGGUGUCCACGAUGUUGCUGUUAUUGGCGUACAAGAUCCAGAGUGGGGCCAACGUGUAGCUGCCGUGGUGGUGCUUGAUGAAGGACGCACGUUGGAUUUACCGACCAUGAGACAAGCUCUAAAGUCGCGUCUGGCUGUGUACAAGGUUCCACAAUUGCUAUCUGUUGUAUCAGAACUCCCCAAGAAUGCCAUGGGCAAAGUAACAAAGAAGGAACUAGUCAAACUUUUCCAAAAUUAA